UUUCAAAGCUCAAAGCUUUGAUCAAACCAAACACUUCAUUAAUUUGUUUGAAGUUUUAACUAUUGUUGCUUGUGUUCUUGUUCAAAUGCGUGGAUUAGCUUUGAUUUUUUCAAAAUUUUUGAAUACCGAAGGUCGUUCCCGUUACCAAUUUAGAAGCAUUGCAGGUCGAUUGUCAGAUCUGGAGCUGUAAAUUUCUCGGUACGUACUUGUUUGUGUUAGUGUACACUGUGGAAUCGGAAAGUUAGGUUUUUGGCGCUGGAAAACUUUUAGGCGGGUGCUUGGUUGUUGUGAAAAAUUGUGUGUUAGUGGGGUUAUGCGUAAGGAUUAGAAAAUUUGUGGCGAUGAAUCGAAGUUUCCGGGCGCCGGAGAAGGAAAUGGCGGGGACGACUGCGGUGAGGCAACGACAACACCAAAUGAUUGGGAAUCUUAGGAACUCAUCAAUGAGAGAGAAAGAAGAGGAGCUAGGGUUAUUUUUGGAGAUGAGAAAACGAGAAAAAGAACGCCAUGAUCUUCUUCUUCAAAACGCAGAAGAGGAAUUUGAUUCAUCUCUUGGAUCAAGAACAGGAAGUUCUCCCAUAUUCAGUAUGCCUUCAGCACCCACUGUACGAAAGACCGGUGCUGAUGAAUUUCUCAACUCUGAAAAUGAUAAGAAUGAUUAUGAUUGGCUUUUAACCCCUCCUGGUACUCCUCUUUUUCCGUCACUGGAAAUGGAUUCACAGAAAACCGUCAUGAACCAGAAUGGAACCACUAAAGCUCAUCCGAAUGCACUAAAAUCUAGACUAUCAAAUAACCAAUCAGAGGCUACUGGUAGGAACAUGGUAUCGAGACAGCGAGCAUCAUCUCCUGGACCAAGUGUGGGACUCCGUAGACCAUCCUCUUCAGGUGGUCCAGGUUCAAGGCCUUCUACCCCAACCGGUAGGCCGGCGUCAAGCACAUCAUCCAGACCUAUAUCGAACCCAGUUUCCAAAAGCACCACGAUGUCAAAAUCAACUUCAACUACAACCUCUAGGCCUUCAAGAUCUUCAACACCCACUUCUCGUCCUAUCUUGUCUUCGUCUAAACCAACAGUCCCAGCUAGAUCUUCUACUCCUACAAGGUCUACUGCAAGAUCUUCGACUCCAACAAGCAGACCUUCUCUAUCUACAAGCAAACCUGCAUCUAGGGCAUCGACACCAACCCGCAGGCCAGCCACACUGUCCACCGUGACGAAAACAUCUGCACCUCCAGUUAAAAGUCCUACCUUUUCAACUUCAGCAUCAAAUACAACCAGAAACGCAGCUCAACCUUCUGCUGGUUCUCCCAGUGCAAGACCAAGACCAUGGAAACCUCAGGAGAUGCCUGGUUAUACCCUCGAUGCACCGCCAAAUUUACGAACCUCACUUACUGAUAGACCCAUUUUGUCCAUGAGGGGAAGGGCUGGAGCACCGAGUAGUCGUUCGUCAUCUAUCGAGCCUGUACCCAACGGAAGGGUAAGAAGGCAAUCCUGUUCACCUUCGAGAGGACGGCUUCCUAAUGGUGUAAGUCGUAAGAGCGGAACCUCUGUACCUGUUCCUUCAUUGAACCGUGCGUAUGCUAAAGCGAAUGACAACGUGAGCCCGGGAUCUUACGGGACGAAGAUGGUUGAAAGGGUGAUAAAUAUGCGCAAAUUGGUGCCACCAAUGCAAGAUGACAAACAAUCGCCACGUAGUAACUUAUCUGGGAAGUCGUCAUCACCUGAUAGCUCGGGUUUCGGUAGAUCACUCUCAAAGAAAUCUUUAGAUAUGGCAAUGAGGCAUAUGGAUAUAAGGCGCACAGUACCGAGUAAUUUGAGGCCAUUAAUGACGAAAAUUCCAGCGUCGUCCAUGUACAGUGUGAGACCUGGGCCCACACGAAACCGAAUGAUCAGUGUUUCGGAUUCCCCUCUAGCAACAAGCAGCAAUGCAAGCUCUGAAAUGAGUGUGAAUAACAAUCAGGAUGAAAACAUAGAGGAAGAAAGUAACAGCGAAAGGGGCGUUCGUUCGCCUGCUAGCAUCCGUGGCAGGUGAUGGUUUUAUCCGAUUUACUUAUCUGUAUGUGAAUGACUCCACCCUCGUAACAUAUGAAUGACAAAAACUGGUAUCAAUUUUAUUCCCCUGUUUCGAUUGGCUAACACAACUCUUAUCUAUCGUCCUGUAAUCUCUAAGAUGGAUACAUUUGAAGCUC